UUUGUCAUGGUAUGCGUGCAGACCCUGUCAUUGCCCCAAUGUCUCGGAGAUGAUCAGCCAAAAGAACACAGAGAUCGUACAGUUUCCCUGUCGCAAUCACAUCAGCUACAGAUGAAUUGUUGUACGCGCAAUUGUUGAGAACACCAAGGGAGACGGGGGAUGGAGAAAUGGCCAGACUAUGUCCUGUAUUGGGGUCUUUACCUGAUUGCCCUGAUUUUUAUGACCCUUCGUAUUAUCUCGAGAAUUUCAAUUCGCGAGCGCCUGAAAGCUGACGAUUACUUCGCCUUUUCAUCAUUUGCUUUUCUCUCGGUUGGAACAGCAAUCCACACGGCCGCUGUUUCACCAUAUAUCGACGCAUUUAACGUAGCGCAAAACAGCACAGAUUUUGGGCACGCUCUGUCGGAAAGCUCGGUUUUGAGAGAAAAUGUGACAGUGGUGCUCCGAUACUCUUUUGCCUCUCUCAUCAUCUUUUGGCUUACGGUGUGGUGCGUGAAGUUUUCGAUGCUUUUCUUUCUUCGGCCAAUUAUGUUGCCAAUACCAGUUUAUCUGGAAGGCUGGUAUAUCGUCUUCGGCUUCACGGUAAUGAAUCUCGUCGGGUGUUUUCUUAUACAGUUCUUCGGAUGCUUGCCUUUCGGCCUUAACUUCUCAAUCGACAAUGAUAACUGCGUCUCCGGGAUUUCUAGGGAGCCAGGCAAGCUCUAUGGCACGACAGCCUUAGACACUCUAUCGGACGUGAUGAUCGUCAUUCUCCCAACUCGACACCUAUUUGAACUCCCGGCAACCAAAAAGCAGAAAGCGGGUCUUGUUGGAAUAUUCGCGCUGGGGUGGAUAAUCAUCGCAUCUUCUCUCGUCCGAGCAAUCCAUGCAUCUAGGGCAGGAAAUAAUAUCCUAGGCCCAAUAAACCAGCGUUGGCUUGCAAUUUGGAGCCAUGUGGAGUGUGUUGUUGCGGUGACCGUGGCCUGUCUUCCGCCAAUAUGGGUGGGUUAUCGGAAACGUUGGAGGAGAGCACAUGAAUCCUCGAUGUCAUGACGAGCAGCACGUGCUGUAUAUGCUGUGUGAUACCUCAUGCACUUAUCAAAC